UGUUGUGUUCACUUGUGAUACGUUCCUAAGUUUCUUUUUGGGAUUAUUUUAUGCCACUUUACAUACGAUAGUUUUAAGCGUUCGAAGUUUUGGUACGUUUUGUGUGAUGGAUAGCAAAAUUGUCAAACGUAAGCAUAAAACAUUAUCUCUCCCUGAAAAAUGGGAAAUUAUACAGAGGUAUGACCGUGGUGAAACUCCUACCCAUAUUUCUUCGAUUUAUGGCAUCGCACGACCUACCGUUUAUGAUAUUAUGAAGAGUAGAGAGAAAAUAGAACAUUUUGUGAAGUCUACCGAUGACAUCACCAGAAGAAAAACCCUUAAAUCGAGCGAGUAUCCUCAAGUUGAGGAAGCUCUUUAUGCUUGGUUUAAACAGGAAUCGAACAGACACGCCCCGAUUUCGGGAAAUAUUUUAAAAGAGAAAGCACAUUUUUUUUAUCGUGAAAUCACGACUAAAGAGGAUUUCCGUGCUAGUGGAGGCUGGUUUGAGAAUUUCAAAAAGCGGCAUGGGAUACGUUUCUUGGGCGGAGAGAAAUUAUCUGCUGAUGAUUCAGAGAUGUCAAAGUUUAUCAAAAACUUUAACGCCAAAAUCACUGAACUGGGCCUUACGCCUGAACAAGUGUACAAUGCUGACGAAACCGACUUAAAUUGGCGGCAACUUCCAACAUCAACAUUUGCAUCAAUAAAUGAGCAAAAUAUUUCUGUGAGAAAACUUCCAAAAGAAAGAUUAACUUUAAUGGUGUGUGCAAAUAGCGCUGGGAGUCAUAUGUUAAAACUGCUAGCUGUGGCUAAAAAUAAGCAUUCCAUGGCAUUUAAAAACAUCAAGAUGGAAUCUCUUCCAGUGGUUUAUAAGAAUCAACGCCAAGCAUUGCUAACCCGUGAAAUUUUCCGUGACUGGUUUUUCAACCAUUUUGUUCCUGAGGUUGAGCUACAUUUAAAGGUUAAUAAACUGCCAUUAAAGGCCCUUUUACUGUUAGAUAAUGCUCCUGCGCACUCAGACUUGGAGGAAUUGAGAGUUAAGACAGCCGAAGGUUACAUAGAGGUGAUGUAUUUGCCCAAAAAUUCAACAGGCUUGAUUCAGCCGAUGGAUCAAAAUGUUAUCAAAACUUUAAAAGCACAUUAUAAAAAACGCCUAAUUAUGGAUGCCGUCUGCCAACCUGAGUCAAAAACCAACUCGUUUUUGAAAACUUGUCACAUUAAGGGUGCGAUUCUAAAUGCAGCAUAUGCAUGGAAACAGGUGAAGCCUCGAACUUUAAUAACGUCUUGGAAAAAUAUUUGGCCAGAAAACCCGUUCCUCCAAAAGCAUAGCGGUGAAAAUGAUGCAACUCAAGAUUACAACGAUGUUGUGGACGAUACACUCACACUGUGCGAGGAGAGUAACAUUCCACAAGAGGCGUCAGAAGAUCUACGAAGAUGGGUCAUAGACGACAAUCUGGGCUCUGAAUUAACAGAUGAAGAAAUAAUACAGGAGGUCACGUCUGGCGAAAAGGUUGAAAAAAUUGAGGAGGCGGCUGAGGCAAAAUACACAAUCAGCAGUAAUGAAGAUUUAGUGGCUGCAGAUACGGACCUUUUAACUACAAAAAACAUAUCUCCAGAUAUCGAUAUGGCGGCUUGUGACCCAAGAAUGUUUCAAUUUCAUGGCAAUCUUCCCCCAAACAUGAUGCCGAACAUAAAUCAGAUGAGAUACUCAACACAAACUUCCAAUCCAGGAUUGGGUCAACCGGUCCAGGGUAAUACGCCUCGACAAAAUGGGCAACCUCCUAGUGAUCAGAAGGUGUCUGCUGGUCCUGGUUGGGAAAACAUUUACAGAACUGCACAGAACAUCUGCUUUCCCGAAACAAAAGUUGCGUGUGGAAACAUAGUGGGUGAUUACCUUGAAGACUUAGCACGUGGCAUUGGUUGUCCAGUAGAAUAUGUUCUGGUUCCGUUACUGCCUUGCAUUGGGGGUUUAUUGGGCACCAACACAACCAUAAAAGUACACAAAGCCUGGACUGAGCCCCCAGUUGUCUGGAGUAUGGUUGGGGCUGGAGGUGGGACAAGAAGAUCAGCAGUUAUUCGUCAACUUCUUGGUCCCAUCCUCGAGCUUCAAGCACAGAAAGAAACACAAGAACGACAACUUGGAAACCAACAUUCGAAUGAGCGUUGUGAGAAAACUUCAACAGAACAGAGGAGAGCUCUUUAUUCUGGAUCGCGUGUUACACAGGCAGCGCUGACUGAGGUCUUGAAUCGCAAUGAUGGACAUGCCUUUAGUUUGACAGAGAAUCUGGAACACUUUCAAGACAUGCUGAUGCAGCAGCCGACAGGAUCCUCUCGUCUGGUGUCUGACAUGGAAGACCUCUACGAGGGUCUGCCACAAGUUGCAAUCGAAGAUGGCAGGGUGUCUAAACUGCUAGGAUCUAACUUUUGUUACGGAGGUUUUGCAAGACCUGAGUACUUGGUGACAACUAUGCUGAAAUCUCCAUCAUGGCUCUCAGCUCGUCUUCUUUUAUCUUGUCCCCAAUCAGAUGACAUGAAAGGUGUCUUUGGAGAGCCCACAGAUUUAGAAACCUCAGAUCUGGAAUCCAUAUACUCUGCUCUCUUUGACUACCAUCAAGUGAAGAGGCAAUACACUUUUCAUUCCGAAGCUUUGAGAAACCUGAGUCAAUUUUUUGAAGAAGAGUGGUCAACUGUGCUGAAUCAACUGGACCAGAAUGAGCACGAAGGCAUCAUUGGAAAAUCCAUGGGCCAAAUAGUUCGCCUGUGUGGUAUACUUAAAGCUUUUGAGAAUGCUAUACUCUGUGCAAGGGCUAAAGAAGAGGAAAAGGAGGAUUUUGAAUGGGACUGGACCAUUGGAGCAGACAUUGUAAAAUGUGGAAUAGCACUAGGUAAGUAUUUCAUAGAGGAAAAACUGGCCAUGACUUUUAUGGUCAGUACAGGUUUCUUCAAUCAUUCAUCAGACAUGGACAGCAGUAUGAAUGGCACUAACGAAAGUGCAACAACACUUCCACAAACUGCCAUUCAGGAGAAUCAUUUCAAACCUAGCUUAUUUCCAAACAUUCAUCCAUCUACAUCAGCCAUAUCUGAUUCAGGACCAUUAAACACAGAUUCUGGAAGUCCAAGGCAAGGGUUACAGACCAGGUCCUCUUCUUUUAGUCUGGCUAAGCAGCCAGGAGAUGUUGACUUUAGUAACCUACCACAUGCACUGACAACUGCAGAAGAAGAUGUCAGUGAAAUGAUGCAAGCAGUAGACUUUGUCCACCUUAACAAGACCCAAUUUGUUGCUGUUCACGGAAGGAGAAUCAAAAGACUUCUUGAGUGUUAUGAUGAUGGCCAUGGUGUGUCUGCUACCACAGCAGCUCAGAAAUCUAUAACUCCUCCUGUACGUAUUGAAGGUACGAACAAUCGCCACCCAGCAUGGGCCAGUGCCUUAUUCUUCCAAAAAGUUGCUGAUUUAGAGCUAGGCAUUGCUGAACAAGGCAGACAUCCAACAAAUAGAAAAAUCUGCUGGAGGUUCAAAAGGAAACCCAUCAGUCAGCUACAGGAGAAAGAUUUCCAGCUAUUGCAAUAUCUUCGUGUUGAAAUGGACAAAUAUUCUCAGUUUGGAUCAGCUUCCUUCAACCCGAGUGUUAUGGUCAAUUCUGGUCUUCUAACUCUUCCAAAAAAUAGCAGUCCGAAUUCCCAAACUCCAGGUAUUUCUAGUCCAAGAAUGGACGAUGACUCAAAUAGUCAAAACAGCACAAUCAAUAUUAAAAAUGAGAUUUACUGAUAAGUUUCUACAAUCCUAAUCUCAAAGUUUGUGGCAGCAAGAAGUCUAGUCCUAAGUCUCUUAUUACAAUGUAUUAUUAUAAAUUAAAAUAACUAAUUUGCUUUAAGAAAAAUCUUGAAUGUUUUCAAA